AUGGGGCUGAACACCCCGGUGCUGCAACGGCUGGAGGGGGCUCUUGCCGGAGUGGGGGUGAUGCAGGAGUUGGUGGCUGGUGUGGAGAAGAUCAGGUUUGACCUGGAGGCCGAUGUGGAGCAGCAGCAAGGAGCUCGGCCCCUGCCCUUCCCGGGGGUGGACAGCGUGCAGGGCCCCUCCAGGCGUGACGGCGGGGCCAAGACCGCGGUGUGCAGGCACUGGCUGCGGGGGCUCUGCAAGAGGGGCGACGGCUGCGACUUCCUGCACGAGCACGACGCCACCGGGAUGCCCGAGUGCUAUUUCUACUCCAAGUUUGGCGAGUGCAGCAACAAGGACUGUCCCUUCCCGCACGUCGAUGCCACCCCCAGCACCAUGGGCUGUCCCUGGUACGACCGCGGGUUCUGCAGGCACGGUCCCCGGUGCAAGUACAAACACACACGGAGGGUGAUGUGUACCAACUACCUGGUGGGGUUCUGCCCAGAGGGACCCAAGUGCAAGUUCGUGCACCUCAAGGCUGGGCUGAUGACGAGCAGCACGGAUCCCUCCAAGGUGAAGCCCUUUCCUCUGCGCAUUGGGGUGAUGCUCCAGCUGCCCCACAGCUCUUGUGGGACAGCAGCUGCCAACUGCCCCUCCUGCCCCAUUCCCCCCAGGAAACUGGCUGUCCAUGGGGGCUGGUACAGCAGGAUCUGGCUGCUGAGCGGACAGGUCAGUCCCUACACUGGUGAGAGUGGGAGGACUCAGCUGGAAAUGCUGCUGGGGAAGUGA